GUCUUCGUCGAAGAGCGUCUUCAUUUCCACGCUUUUUACCAGUCAUUAAUAUUUUUAAAACAAUGAGUGAUACAGAAGAGCAACAAUUCCAGAGGAGGGUUAUUGGUCGUGAAGGAUUUGAAGAGUUAAGGCCAAGAAUGUGGAAGAAUAUUCAAGAUAAAAGAAGGCUUUUACAGAGAAAAUGUUUACAGAGCAGACGGUUAAGUGGGAAGGGGAAAAAAGAACGGAAGAUCGGUCAGAUAGAAGCACGCUUGCGUUAUGUGUCUAAAGCAGAAAAAAGAAAAGAGGUUUCAGAUUGGGGUGAAGAAAUGAAAAGGAGAGGAAAAAUGAAAACUGAACAAAUGAAGACCGAAGAAUAAAAUGCCUGAAAGAAAGGAAUAGCGUAUACUGAAAACAGAAGAAUGAAUGAGUCCGUAGGCUAAGAAUCUCGCUCGGCAUCCAAAUCGGAUCGGGGGAGUCCUGCCCAACCCAAGAUGGAAAGCAGGUCUGGCUCUCCCAGCCCUUCCAGAGCAUCCAAGCGUUCUGAUUCAAGAUCGCGAUCACGCUCCAAGUCCAGGUCCCGCUCUCGUCGGCAUUCCAAUCGCCGCUACAGCCGUUCUCGGUCCCACUCCCACAGGAAAAAGUCUCGUUCUCGCUCCUACAGCCCUGAAUCCCGACGCAGAAGGAGCCGGAGCGCAUCGCCCAAUUCUAACCGCCGCAAACAUGCUGGCAGUCGGAGCUCAUACAGCCAUGACUCCAAAAAAGACUCGCACAAUCAGGGUGAUGCCAGGGCCAAUCCAGACCCCAACACAUGUCUGGGUGUGUUUGGUCUCAGUCUGUACACAACAGAGCGAGACCUGAGAGAGGUUUUCUCACGUUACGGCUCUUUAGCCGGUGUCAAUGUUGUCUACGAUCAGCGAACAGGGCGCUCUCGUGGUUUUGCCUUUGUAUACUUUGAACACAUCGAUGAUGCCAAAGAGGCAAUGGAGCGGGCUAAUGGCAUGGAACUGGAUGGAAGACGCAUCAGGGUGGAUUAUUCCAUCACUAAACGUCCACACACACCCACACCAGGCAUCUACAUGGGUCGACCCACACAUAAUGGAGGUGGUGGUGGUGGCGGCGGCGGCGGCGGCAGCAGCAGCAGCGGUGGUGGUCGGAGACGAGACUCGUAUUAUGAUCGUGGCUAUGAUCGCGGCUAUGAUCGUGGAUAUGACGAGUAUGACUACAGAUACAGCAGGAGGCGCUCUCCGUCCCCCUAUUACAGCCGCUACAGGUCUCGCUCCAGAUCUCGCUCAUACAGCCCACGACGGUACUAAGAAGAUCCUGAUGACUCCCUCCUUCUUGCCUGUUCACCUCAAUCUAUACAUUUAUUAAGACAUGAAGUACAUAUAACCUGUUGUACUAAAUACUGAUUUGUUUAAUAACUGUCUUAAUUUGUAGACUUUCUAGGAUGUAUGUUUAAGGUUUGUGGAGAUCAUAAAUACUGUCAGCUUGGGGUUUUAUUUGUGAUGAUUGUUGUUGUUUUUUUCUUCUCCUAUUGGUAGUGUGCCUAUAUAAUGUUUUAUAUGCAUCUUUUAGUGCGUAUGUAUGCUGUACUAAGAAUAUGUGUGAGUUGCUGAAUGUCUGUGCGACAGAAUCAUGUACUUUGCGAAAUCUGGCUGAUAUUGCCCCAGUUUAUCUGUGACCAGACAAAAAACAACAACUUUAUUUUCAGGAUUAAUGUUUUGCUUAGUUUCUUUUUCAAGAAAUAAAAAGCUCCAAAUAAAA